UUUGUAUCCCUGUAGUCCGGACGGACGGUUAGAGGAAGCUCGGCGUCGAAGAAGAAGCAAAUAUUGAAAUGCUGACUAUUUUAUCUUACCAUUGCACUAGCAUUGAUGUGUGUUAAAAUACUUUUCUUUGUUUAGGUGUAUGGAAUUAUUGGUGCGUUGGUUGUCGGUUUUGUAAAUUAUACAGGUUGAUUUGGGUUAACUCUUGUUUACCCUUUACGUUGGAGCUAACAGGCUAGUUUUUCUUUAGCCAGUUAACUGGCAACUUUCCUGGCGUUAGUGUUCAGACGCUAACCUGUAGUGAAAUGGCGGCCAACACGGCCCAAGCAACCCCUACAGGAAACUGGCCUUAUGGGCCUUCUGGAGACAGCCAUGCCCAUGAAAAUCCAGAAUGGGAGAAAGCAAGACAAGCGCUUGCAUCUAUCAACAAGAACCAGUCCUCUUCUAAGUCUGCACAAGACAACAGAGCCACAGCAGAGACAGCCCAGUUUCAGCCUGGAGCAGACUCUGCAGCCAUUUCCCAGCAGCAAUAUUAUCCAUGGUACCAGCAAACUCCGCAGCAUUAUCCUGGUUACACAUACCCCUACAACUACUACUAUCCCAUGGGACCUUAUGGAGCUGCAUAUCCACCAAGUCAGUAUGGUGUCUCACCAGGACCAUAUCCAGGAACUCCAACUUCCAGCCAGCCUCCCCCGGUGCCUGGAAUGGAAGACCAGACCCCCAGCUACACUUCCCAACCUCAACCACCUCCACCUGCUGCUCCACAACCACCCCAGAGCCCAACAACCCCAGAGAACCCCCCACCUCCCCCACCCCCAACCAUCCCCCCUCCACCCAAUUCCCAGUAUCACCCUCCAACUUCACAAAACGCUUACAACACCAACAACACCAUGACGUACCCAACCAGUGACCCCAGUCAAAUGCAAGUCUACAACCAUUCCCCGGGAAGACCAAACUACACUCAGGGUUUCCAAAACAACUACCAGUCCUCUCAGAACAACUCCCAGCAGCUGCAGAACCAGUACUUACCAGGACUGGGCCGGGGAGAGACCAACAAAAACCAGAAACAGGGCCAGCAGCUCUGGCACCGCAUGAAACAGGCACCAGGGGUGGCUCCCGUGAAGUUUAACAUUUCCAAGAGGCCCUAUCAGGUUCAGUGUGCCCCAGCUCCCAACCAGGCUUUCCCACCAAACGAGCAGCCCCCAGGGUUAAAUCAGACACCUUUGUCUCCAGCCGCGGCCGGUGCUGCUCCUGGAGGUGCUCAGACACGACCCCAAGACUGGCCCCAAGCCAUGAAGGAAUAUGUGCAGCGCUGUUUCACAGCCUGUGAGACGGAGGAGGACAAAGAUCGGACAGAGAAGGUGCUGAAGGAAGUCCUGCAGGAGCGGCUAAAGGAUGGUUCUGCCUACACCAUAGACUGGACCCGUGAGCCGUUACCAGAAUUUAAGUUGAAGCAGUCUAGAUGGGAAGCUGUUCCUCCCCAGCGAGCGUCGGAUAAUUCAGUUGGCCGUGGUGGAGGUGCAGCAGCCGCCGCUCGAGGCAGAGGUAUCGGACACAGAUUGGGCCACUACAGGAACAUUUUCUCUCAGAGGAGUCCAUCUUCUAGUUCAUCCCGAUCCUCCUCACGCUCCCCGUCGCCUUCACACAGCCGACACCGAGACCGCAGCAACCAAAGACACCGGCGCAGUGACUCCGGCUCACACUCGGACAGCAGCAUCUCCAGUGACCUACAGCCUCAGCCGUCGAGGCGAAAUCAGAAAGGAGGACGCGGUCGCGGGGGCGAUCGGGAUAGAGCACGUGGGGGUGGUGAGAGAGGGCGAGGAAGAGGAGGAAAAUCCAACAGAGGAAGGCGAAAUAUGGAGGAUUCUAAUUCCGCUGUUAAGAAGAGGAAAGGAGGGAAUGCCGGUUUGGAUUUCCACGAUCCCAACAGGGAGGCCAAGAAGCAGAACAGAGCGGCCCGUUUCCACAAGCAGCUUCGCUCAGAACCACUGGUUCUGUCCAUCAGUACUGUGGACCUCCCUAAUGGAACUCAGGAGAACCUGAGCUGGGAGGACUGUCCCAUCGUGGGGUCGUGUCAGGACAUCACAAAGCCCUACCUGAGGCUCACCUGUGCCCCCGAUUCAUCUACUGUGCGCCCCGUCCAGGUGCUCAGGAAGUCUCUGCAGGCGGUGAAGGCCCACUGGAAAACCCACCAGGACUACGCUUACGCCUGUGAGCAGAUGAAGUCCAUACGUCAGGACCUCACGGUCCAAGGGGUUCGUACCGACUUCACAGUGGAAGUGUACGAGUGUCAUGCUCGCAUUGCCCUGGAAAAGGGAGACCACGAGGAGUUCAACCAGUGCCAGACGCAGCUGAAGGCCCUCUACAAGGACAAUCCCUCCGAGAACAUUGGAGAGUUCACAGCUUAUAGAUUAUUAUAUUACAUCUUUACUAAAAACUCUGGAGACCUCAUCACCGAGUUGGUUUAUUUGACCCCAGCGCUGCGGCGGGAUGAGUGCGUGGCCCACGCUCUUGCGCUCCGCGCUGCCUGGGCGUUGGGGAACUAUCAGCGUUUCUUUAAGCUCUACCAGGAAGCCCCGCGCAUGGCUUCCUAUCUCAUUGACAAGUUUGUAGAGAGAGAACGAAAAGUCGCUCUUCGGGCAAUAGUCAAAACAUUCAGGCCUGACCUGCCAGUGCAGUGUGUGCAGAAAACCCUGGGCUUCCCGUGUUUAGACUCCUGUAUGACCUUUUUAAUCGGUCUAGGUGUCACCUUCACCCCUUCUGACCCACAAAAGAUAGACUGCAAAACCAGCACAGCCUCUUUGGCUGCUUCCUGAGGGGCGUGGGGGGGUAGCUCAGUGAGGAGAGUCUUACGGGACCCUCAUUUAUUCACAGCACCACACUUGAGAUAGAGCAGAGGCAGGAACACACAGAGUAAUCUGUUUUCUGACUCAGACACAGGAAGAUAAGGGACGAGUCACCUCAUUAGCCUUCAAAGAGAAGGAUAGUUUGGGAUUAUGUAAUCUGAGUACUGAGAAGUCAGAUCCAGAUCAGGGAGGUCCCCUUUCCCUUCCCCCAAACAGAUUUUAGCUCUAACGGUGUUCUGCUAUGUUUCUUUCCUCCCUCAAGUCAGCAGCUUACCGACCUGAAGAUUCAAGUCCUGCCAUUGAAAAGGAGAUCUCAAACAGCUCCUCGUCCGUCUGUCUCCCAUUUCGAGAUUACAGAAUCACAUCAGCACCGAUCUUCAUUUUUAGAGACUUGAGAAGGUGCCAGAAGUUUACCCGUGGUGGUUUGUAUGCCGUGUAUCUCCAGUUGGCUCCUAACAGAGAUGGACUGAGGCUGGAGGUCUCUGCUGGUCAUGGAUAAAGAAUAGUUUUCCAGCCCUGGUGAGAAGUCUGAGUACGGUGGGCAUUGACUCUGCUUCCAAGUGUUCUUCAUUGAGAUUAAAGCUUCGUUUUUCUGGAAGUGGAGCUUCUCCUGGAUGGAAGUAACAACAGGCAGCGUGGGUUUCUGCCUCCGUCAGCCUCAGGUAAAAGUUCCUGCCUGCACCUGGAGUCCAGCAGCACAGCGACAAAGUCCUCCCCGAGUUGCAGAGCGAGGAAGCAUCAAAGGGAAAACCCAAACCAUCGGGAAGAAGAACCGGUUGGUUUGUAUUCUGCGUCUGGGUCCGACGUCUGCAAGGCUGGUAAGAAAGAGACUUCUGGAAAGAGAUGGAUGAUGGCGCAGAAGGGAUGGAGCCUCGCAUUUCCUCUUUAGUGUUGCAUCACGUUUAAUUUCUACUCAGUUCACUUUCUGUGAUGUUGGCCUUUUUUUAUUUUUAUUUUUUAACAAAAUGGUGAAAAACUUGUGGAAUUAGUCGGGAUUUAAGGAGCAAACAUGGAAAAUUUCCCACGACAGUUUAGCAAUCUUCUAAAAUCCCUGACUAUAUUAGACUUUCAGUCUAAAUGAGUGCUAAGCUGAUGGUAAUUUAAUAAAAUAAAUGUGCGUUUCCCUCAUCGUUAUAAACCCUGUGGAGUUUACGCUGCUACGUGGAACAAAAACAGUAUUUACUGGGUAGCACCGGUGGUGAUUGGCUGAAGAACAUCGGUUUUCUCAGGUUUAGAUUUCAGCUCCAGUAUCUGCAGGCUGGCUUUGUUCCUCAUACCUCAGCAAAGUUGCUGCAGCAGACAGGAAGUGAUGUAUUAAACUCGGGUAUUUGAUGGAAGCAGACCAUCAUCAGCACGUUUCCUGUUACAGAUGUCUUUUCCUCUCAUGUGUUUUUGUUUUGAACUUGGGUAAGUUCUGAGUUUUUUAGCUUUAUGUAAGUCAUUCUCGUGAAUGCAGAUAAUCCGAGCACGAGAUCUGGAUUGGACUGUAGAUCUCGUCUGAGGUUUGCUUCUGUAGCGCGUUAAAGGCUCUGGCCCGAAGAUAAAGAAAAGAUGUCUGUCUGGGUCUUGGCGUUGUUGAUCUCUCCACAGGAAGCCGGGAGACGGAUUGGUCUUGUUUUUGUUCGUCUUUGAUCAGCUUGUGUUGACUGUGAUCUCAACAUGUGUCCUUUCUUUCCUCUCCAUCUCGCCCUGUCCUCUGCCACCCCCUCCCUUCCUCCCAUGCACCACCACGUCUCGUUCUUCAGCUCGUAGCUCUGCUGCACUGCAGGAGCACACGGAGUGAAAAGUGGGUGAACCUCCUCCAGGAGCCGGCCGGAGGGAGAGAGCUGUGAGCGAGUCUCAGUUAAACGCGGAAGCCUCGCUGAACGAAAUGUGUGAAAAAGAAAAGUGCUGCUGAUUAGAAUGUUUAAAUUGUUUCUGUGCAAUGACGCAGUUUUAAAAGUCCAUGAACUUUGCUGAUGACUCCUGUUGUAGCUCCUCUUUAUAAAUGUACUUUUUUUUUUUUCAUUUACUGCUUAGAAAUCAUCCUGUUGGCUUUCUUUACUCGCAGAACUUUAUUUUUCUAAGUUUUGUCUCAUUUAAACAAAUGUCUGGAUAUGCAGAUCAGAACUGAGACGGUUUGUAUUUAGACUGCCGUGAGGUUAGCCCGUGUACUUGUGAUGCUUCUUAUUUCCAUAAGAAUUCACCCGUAGGUGACUAACCUUGUUUCCAUCGUUUCUCCCUCCAGCGCCGCCAUUUUCCUGUGUUUUCAGUUAGCUCCCAUCUUCCUGUUUCAUUGGUCUUUAACUCUUUCCUUGACACAAAGUUUUUCAACUUUCCUCCUUUAAUUAUUAUUUUUUUCUACCAUUUACCUAAACUUAAUUUUGGAUUUUUUUUUUCUCAUCCUCUUCCUCCUGCAUGAUUCUCUCUCUCGCCUCCUAACAAGCAUUUAUUUUCCCGUUGUUUUUCUUUGAAGUCAGACGUGUUUGUUUGCAGCUAGUCACUCUGAGUAGUAAGUAUCGUUACAUCUGCAGUGAUUUAAUAGUUUGUGUUGCAGCUUGUUUACAACUAAAGCUAAAGGUUUACCUGCAGCAGUGAGCCCCCACCCACCCACCCACUCCUGUACAUAUCUGAUAAUAAAUCACUCUUUUGUAAAUAUUGUGUAAAUUAUUGAAUGAAUAAAAGUAAGGAAUAAGCUGCA